UUCAGGCAGUGCAACUCGUGGCGGUAAAUUUGUUUGCUCUGUAGCAGCCAUGCGAGUGGCACCCAGAUGGUGUUCGUGUAGCUACCAAGAAGAAGAGACAAAAAUCGUCGGAGGUCAAGAGACCGGAAUUAAUGAGUUCCCAUGGAUGGCAGCAAUACUCGACAUCUCCACAUAUGAAGCGUUUUGUGGCGCGAACAUCAUUGGAGAGAGGUAUGCUCUAACAAGUGCCCAUUGUCUUCGUCGUCAAGUACCAACCAACGUUGCGUUACUGGUGGGAGACCACGCUCUGUCAACUGGAAGCGACACACCCGCCGCAGCCCUUUAUCCAAUUUCAAAUUUCUUUAUAUACCCUAGGUACAACACAACAGACGAAAGUAACGAUAUCGCAGUACUUAAAACUUCGACACCAAUCAGAUUCAGUACCAAAGUAGGUCCUGUUUGCUUGCCAUUUAGAGCCGGAAGACGCAACUUUCUAAACGAGAUAGUCACAGUUUUGGGUUGGGGUUUCAAGGAUUUUUCAGGUGAUAAAUCCGACACCUUGCAGAAAGUUAAUUUGACCGUAGUUUCAAACUCGUACUGCGCUAACACUUUGAAGCUUCACAUUCAUCCGACUCAGAUGUGUACAUAUGCACCAGGAAAAGAUUCCUGUGUGAGCGAUUCUGGAGGGCCUCUUCUUUGGCGAAAUGCUCGCUCUGGAAGGUUUCGAUUGGUCGGUUUGGUCUCUUUUGGUUUGGCUUGUGCUACAAUUGCACCAGCAGUCAAUACGAGAGUUACCAGCUUCUUGGCCUGGAUAGUUUCUGUUACCAGUGAUACUUUGUACUGCAUUAAGUAGGACCGCGUAAACUCCAAUUUAAGAAAAUGAAAACUGAUGCUUGUGGGUACUAAUUCAUUUUGGUUUUAUGGUUGCAUUAGAGAACAAUAAACUUAUGAAAACGC